GAUCGCAGCUGUUAAAGAUAUGGGGCCCAUUUUUUCAUCAAAUCAAAUAGCAGCCGUCCGUCCAUCACUGCCACAAAAUUAUCUCGACAAAUUGAUGAUAUCGCGACAAAAAGAGACUCAGCGGAGUUAGAAUUGGAUUAAAGCCUUCAUUAAUGGUGGUUCAGAUCUUCCACUGUUCCUGAAGACGAGUCGGGAGUUGCUUCUGAUCCUAUUUCCCUUUUGAUAGGGCUCCCAAGCAACCUAAAUAUUUAGAUUUUCUUCUUAUCAUUAAUAGACUUCAACCUUGGAAUCUGAACUUAACUGACACGUUUAUCUUUGUUUGAACUUUCUUUCUGCGUCUUCUUCUCGAUUCUUUUCUUUCAAACAACAAACAACCAUCCGUCAAUCUUCAGCUGAGGACCCAGUAAAUUUACACGCCAAAAAACGUAUUUUUUUUUGCUUUUUCAAUUGUAAUUUCGAUCUGGGUACUCGGCGAAUCGUGUUUCUGUUUGGAGGAAAAGCUUCAAUUGCUCCAAUUUGGGGUCGUAUUUAUAGCAAUUACUUGUGGUACCUGAGUUUUCCUUUUAGUUUUUUAGUUAUUGAGGUUUUCGAGGGUAUAGGGAUCAAAUUCAGUGCGUCCGUGAUCUGAGUUUUUCUCCUUGGAUCUGCUGAGUGAAGUGAAACGAGUGGGAAGAUGAGGGAAAAGCUAGGGUUUUUGUUGUGCGUCUGGUGCAUGCUCUGGGGGUGCUGCGUGGGUAGGUUCAUGGUGGAGAAGAACAGCUUGAGAGUGACUUCACCGGAUUGGUUGAGGGAUGUGUAUGAAUGUGCGAUUGGUAAUUUCGGUGUUCCUCAGUAUGGAGGAACCAUGGUUGGGACGGCGCUUUACCCGAAAGCCAAUCAGAAGGCAUGCAAGAACUUCGAGGACGUUGAUAUUUCCUUAAAAUCAAAACCAGGAGGUCUUCCGGUCUUUAUUCUCAUCGAUCGUGGAGAUUGUUACUUCACCUUGAAGGCAUGGAAUGCCCAACAAGCUGGAGCUGCUGCUAUUCUUGUUGCAGAUGACAAGAUUGAACCUCUGAUCACUAUGGACACCCCCGAAGAAGAAAAUGCAGGAGCUGAUUAUGUUCAAAAGAUCUCGAUUCCUUCUGCACUUAUUAGCAAAUCUUUUGGGGAUAAAAUUAAGAAGGCUUUAUCUAAUGGGGAGAUGGUUAACAUCAAUCUGGAUUGGAGGGAAUCCCUUCCUCAUCCUGAUGAGCGGGUUGAGUAUGAGCUCUGGACAAAUAGUAAUGAUGAGUGUGGUCCAAAAUGCGACAGCCAGAUUGAUUUUGUCAAGACCUUCAAAGGGCCUGCCCAAAUACUUGAGCGGAAUGGUUACACACUGUUCACUCCACAUUAUAUAACUUGGUACUGCCCAGAAGCUUUUAUUUUAAGCAAACAAUGCAAAUCUCAGUGCAUCAACCAUGGGCGAUACUGUGCUCCUGAUCCUGAGCAGGAUUUCAGUAAAGGGUAUGAUGGGAAGGAUGUUGUGGUUCAAAAUUUACGCGAAGCUUGCUUUUUUAAGGUGGCUAAUGAAAGUAGAAAGCCUUGGCUUUGGUGGGACUAUGUGACUGACUUUGCAAUCCGUUGCCCAAUGAAAGAGAAGAAAUACAACAAAGAGUGUGCUGAACAAGUCAUACAUUCUUUGGGUCUUGAUGUCAAGGAGGUAGAAAAAUGUGUGGGAGACCCUGAGGCAGAUGUGGAAAACCCAGUCCUUAAAGCUGAACAGGAUGCACAGAUAGGAAAAGGCUCCCGCGGAGAUGUGACUAUAUUGCCUACACUUGUAAUAAACAACAGACAAUAUAGAGGGAAGUUGGACAAAGGAGCUGUUCUUAAAGCCAUAUGUGCAGGUUUCCAAGAGACUACUGAGCCUACAAUUUGUUUAACUGAAGAUAUGGAAACAAAUGAGUGUAUGGAAAACAAUGGUGGAUGCUGGCAAGACAAGGCUGCAAAUGUUACAGCAUGCAAGGAUACUUUUCGUGGGAGAGUGUGUGAAUGCCCUAUUGUCCAAGGUGUGAAGUUUGUGGGCGACGGUUAUUCUCAUUGUGAAGCUUCUGGAGCUUUACGCUGUGCAAUUAACAAUGGAGGCUGUUGGAAGAAGACUCAAGGUGGUAGGACUCACUCUGCUUGUAAUGAAGGCCAUUCAAAGGGGUGCCAUUGUCCACCAGGAUUCAGAGGUGAUGGGGUCCAUUCUUGUGAAGAUGUGGAUGAGUGCAAAGAUAAGUCAGCCUGUCAAUGCCGAGGCUGCAAAUGCAAGAACACCUGGGGCAGUUAUGAGUGCAGUUGUUCUGGAAAUUUAUUAUAUAUGCGAGAGCAUGACACUUGUAUAAGUAAAGAUGCUGACACUGCAGUUAGCUGGAGCUUUAUUUGGGUUAUAAUUCUUGGUUUGGCUGCUGCUGGUGUAGGGGCUUAUGCAGUUUACAAGUACAGGAUCCGGAGAUACAUGGAUUCAGAAAUACGGGCAAUCAUGGCGCAGUACAUGCCAUUGGAUAACCAAGCAGAGGUUCCUAACCAUGUUUCCCAUGGUGAUAUUUGAAAGCGCCCACCGCUGUGUUACAAAAUGCUUGUCCCCCGCAAUUGGAGAGAGAGAGAGAGAUUUGAGGGUCAUAAUUGAUAUCCCCACUUUUUGGUAAAGGGUGUAAUGGCUUUUUCUCUUUUUUCUUGGGCAUUUUACACUGUUUAUUUUGAAGUGGGAAGUUUGUUUCUCGUGCAUCAGUUUAUGUAAAUUAUGAAUCGGAUUAUGCAGGCACAUAGAAUUUGUAGUUUAUGGAACUGAUAAAUGGCUGCUAUGUGAUGUAGUUUUAAGAUUGAA